AUGGCUCAACUUCAGCAAACCACCGGGCUUCUCCACCUACCCAAUGAGACUUUGAUACACACCAUCGAACUCGCCAUCAUUGGUUCGUCCCACGCAAAAUCAGCAUCAGAGUGGCUCAAUAAUCUGAGCCAGACCUGUUCUCGGCUUAACAAGCUCGCCUGUCCUUACUACUUCCGCUCUAUUGACCAUGACAUGUUCUACAGCGCCUUGCGUACAGCUAACGUUACCAUGAUGAACCGCUGCGAAUACUAUAACGCAGCGCCCAUUGACAAGUUAUGGUCGCGGCGGUUGUUUCCUUCUUUUCAGUACCGUACCUCGAUAGACGUUCUACUAUCCAAUGUGUACGAGGAUUGUUCCCGUACAAACUCAACGGACAGUCAGAUUGCCAUCACCGACAGGAUUCGCGAAAGGGUACUCGACGGCUUGAAGUGGCUUCUUGAGAGAGGCGCUGAUGCGCAACAUGGAAUUGCAGAGGCUCAAUGGGAGAUGAGUGCAAGAGCGGAUGCCCCAACAUUGUAA